AUGCUGGGACAUUCAUAUCCUGGUUUGCGAACGAGGCCAGGCUUCAACAUAACGGCGAUGGCGUCGGAGAAUCACCGUUCAAUCGAACCUAGGAAACCUAGAAUCCUGUGCCUUCAUGGAUUCAGAACUAGCGGUCGGAUUCUCCAGGCGCUUAUACGCAAAUGGCCCGACACAGUUCUCCGAAACCUCGACCUCGAUUUCCUCGACGGUCCGUUUCCGACCACCGGGAAAUCGGACGUCGAGCGAUUCUUUGACCCGCCGUAUUACGAGUGGUACCAAGCUAGCAAGGGUUUUACAGAGUACAUUAAUUUUGAAGAGUGCUUGGAUUAUAUAGAGGACUACAUGAUAAAGAAUGGACCUUUUGAUGGUCUUCUUGGUUUUUCCCAGGGAGCUUUUCUAUCCGCGGGUAUUCCUGGAAUGCAAGAAGAGGGAACGGCUCUAACAAAGGUGCCAAAGGUCAAGUUUUUGGUGAUAAUAUGUGGAGCAAAGUAUCCAGGGUUGAACUUUGGGCAGCCUAAAGCUGCUGUAACUGCCUUCUCAUCUCCAGUUCGUUGCCCUUCACUCCACUUCAUAGGCGAGAGGGAUUUUUUGAAAACAGAAGGCGAAGUUCUUGCUAAGUCAUUUGUAGAGCCAGUGGUGAUCCAUCAUACAGGUGGACACACUAUACCGAAACUUGAACCUAAAGCUGAGGAGACAGUGUUGAGCUUCUUCCAGAGGAUUAGGCACAUGCUUUCUGAUGAAUCACCUUCUGCAAGAAGCUUGAUGUGA